UGGGCAGAUAGCAGAAGUUAUAGAUGAACUUGUCCUAUGGGGAGCCGAGUUUCAUGUACACGACGAUGCCAAUUUUGUGCUCUCAAUGGAUUAUUGGAUCAAACUAUAGAGAAAAGUUGAGGAGGAAGUAUAAUUUAGUAGAGGCUUCAUACUCAGAUCUCAUCUCUCAUACCUUCUGCCUAUGGUGUUCCCUCUGCCAGGAGUUUAGAGAGCUUAAAAACAGGAACAUUGAUCUUGCUCUAGGGUGGUAUGAAGAAUACUUGCUCAACGAGGAGGAAAUACACAAGUAAAUGAUCCUCCAACAAAUCAAUAUAUGGCUAGAUAAAACCACCAUCUCUCUAUCUCAUGGGAAUGAAAUUGCUUUGUUUAUAUUGUCUUUCUCUAUUGGUAUUCAUUUCUGUAAGUCGUGAGGUUAUCUCCUGUUGGCACUGGGGGUAUUAUGUUCGGGCAUAAAAGAAAUUUACAAGAUAUAAUGUGAACCAUUGUUGAAAAAUCCUGCAAACUCAAUUGUCUGGAUA